AUGAUAUUAUUGGUUUUUGACGAUUUUGUAGUCAACAAUGUCAACCRUCGUCACUUCUCACUAAGAUGUCUUUCAUUCCCUCGUCCGAUUCAGUGGUUUGAGACUCAGACAACAGUGAAUCGUUGUGCGCUAUUCGAUAAAUGAUUUCUGUCCAUUGUCCACGUGUCUGGACCGGCGUGCUUGAGGCCUAACGRAUAUUAUUAAGGAUUAUUAUUAAACAAUCACUAUGACGGAUACCGAUUCAAGCGACGUUUCUUCAACGAGUGAUGUAAAUUAUUCGGACAUCGACUUCGAUACACCUAACACCACAGACAUGAAAUUGAGUGACGUCAGUGAUGAUCCAUGUGAUGAACGUCCGCUCAAAAGCGUUUCAUUCGAAAGAAAAACAAACCGAGCCCUGAGAUCAUUUGACCAAGAUUCGCCGUCGUCCCCUUCAGAAAAUGAAUUUGAUGCUGUGUCGUUGUCUUCAAAUGUAACGAGUUAUAGAAAUACCUAUCAGUAUGACAGUAAAUGUGCUGUUGUCUUGUGUAAUGCAAAUGCAAGAAACCAGUUCGAUAAAUUAUUUUUCAUCAACUUUCCCAGAGAUAAUAGAAGUCUGUGUGAAAUUUGGUGGAGAUUAUGUGGACACAAUGGUACGUUUAAUCCUAUGUCAAAGAUAUGUUCAAUACAUUUUAAGGCCGAUGAUUUUAUUUCUAAUAUGGAAAGGAGAGAUGGCAAGCUUUAUAAGCAAACUAUAUUAAAAAACAAUUAUAUUGUACCGACUCUUUAUUUACAAUCAUAUGAGUAUACAAGGUUUACAAGGAAACAAAAAAAACUUGUUAAUGAUGUUAAAAGGUUACCUAAGAAAUUAACAUCAGUUUAUAUAUGUGUAAUUCAAGGCUGUAAGAAAACAUCUUUAAAAAAUGGCAAAAAUACAUUAUUUUUCAAAUUUCCACUUGAAAACAAGUUUCUACUUAAAAAAUGGUUAAAUAUUAUUGGAUUACCCUAUUGGAAACCAUUAAAAACUAAUCGAAUAUGCUCUGAUCAUUUUGAAAGUUAUUAUAUUACAAAGAUUGCCAAUACUUAUCAACUUCAUAAGUUUGCCGUCCCAUCUAUAAAACCUAAAGAAGCAUUAAAUAAAAUUUCAAAUACUAAUGAAAUAGAUUUAGAAUAUGUUUAUUUGGGUAUGUUAAAUGAUGAAAAUAUGAUUGGAGUACAUCCUUUAUAUGAUUCAAACAUUAAUGUAAAAGAUGAAUGUAAUGCAACUGAAAUAGGAUUUGAAACAAAUACAACUAAUUCAAAAAUAAUUGAAGAAUCUGAAACGCAUAAAAUUGAAGAAUCCAAAMACCUUGAAWUUGGGGCCAAUAAAAAGCAAAUUGUUGAAGAAACUCCAAAAUCUAUUAUAUAUGAUCAAGACUUAACAGAAUGUUAUGGUGAAAUGCUUCCACCUUAUUGUGACCCUAAUUGUCAGUUAAAAUGUUAUUAUUCUGUACCUGGMCCCCAACGAAGAGAAAUUUUCAAUCAAUUUCAAAUGUUACAAAAUGUAACUGAACAGAACUGUAAAAUCACUGAAUUAGUACAAUUGAUUAUGGUUGAAAAUUUAGAAAGUGAUUUUGAGAGGUGUCUGACAUUCCACUUGACUAUGAAUAAGGAAUCUGUUAAGGUGUGUCGAAUGUUUUUUAUGAAUACAUUGGGUAUUUCUGAACACCGUCUCAAUGCUGUUUUGAAACCAGUCAGUUACAAUUGGUAUUCUAAUACUGAUACUGCAUUAAAAGCUAAUCAACUAACUCAAGCAAAAGUAAUUAGCGAGCAGAUACCUAUCACAGAUUUCAUGAAAGAAUCUUUAAAACUGUURGAUAAGGACUACAAUUUAUACGAACCUGAAAGUGAUACCAAUGUUAGUUUGGAAAAUGUGUCUUUAGAUGAAAAAGAAAAAGUAUUACUAUACAUAAAGAGUAUUCCUAAGGUUUUAUCCAUGCCCAAUAACCCCGGGGACGUGAGGAAACAAAUGUUUGAAUCUAGCAUUUGUGUGGAAUAUAUGUAUAAAACAUAUUCUGAAAAUUACAUCAAAAACAAAAUUCCUCCGCCAUAUACAAAACGUCAAUUUAAAAAAAUCUACAACCAGUUUAUGAAGUCUAAAUUAAAAUUGGUCUAA